AUGUGGACAUGUCACAGUGUCUCUACAUUUAAAAAAACAGGGAUUGCAAACCAUUUUGUACCAUGCUUUUUAAUGCAUGAAUUGAAUGAUAAUGAUAGCAAAUACUCAAUUGAAGAAGAUACAAUUGAAGAAGAACCAAUUGGAUAUGACACUAACUCGGAAGAUUGGUCAAAAGAAGUAUUAAUGGAACCUCCUUUCAAUUUAGAUUUUGAUUUAACAAAUUCAACUGCAAUUUGGGCAUUAGAAAAUUGGGCAAGAAAUAAAAAUGUUAUAAGGAAAUUAAAUAAAGAGAAUAUAAACUUAUUGUUUGAUGCAGCAAAUGAAUUAAUGACCAAGCCAGAUAUUGAAGGAUUAGAAUGGGUAAUUGAUGGCUGGCAAAAAUAUCUUGAUCUGACAGUUUUGAGUGAUGAUGACUCAACAAUAAAAAGUGAUGAUGAUGAUGACAUUGUUGACAUUACAAAAAACAAUUCAAUUCAAGAUAAUAAUCACUUAAUUGGACUGUUAAUGGGAACAGAUGAAGAAAAAGCAAUUCCUAAUACAAAAGCCUUGGAUGAUUUUAUUGAGUAUGAAAAAUGCAAGAAUUUUUCAUUUCAAUUAGAAUAUCAAGAGCAAAAGCAAUUUCCACCACAAAUUGCAGUUGCUGUUCAAAAAACUUACAACAAUGGUAAAAAUUUUCUUAGGAAACAUGUUUAUUGCAGUGGUUGUAGA